GCAGUAAGAGAAAUAGUGUAGUCACAACAAAAAUGGCAGAAAAAGCAAAAAAUAUGAGUCAUGUAAAACAUAUUCCGAAAGAUGCUCAGGUGAUAAUGUCUAUUAUGAAAGAUAUGGGGAUCACUGAUUAUGAACCAAAGGUUAUAAAUCAGUUACUCGAAUUUACGUAUCGUUAUGUUACCUGUAUAUUAGACGACAGUAGAAUUUAUGCAAAUCAUGCGAAAAAGAAAUUUAUUGAUUUGGAUGAUGUUAGGCUGGCAGUUAAAAUGCAAUUAGAGCGUACAUUUACAAAUCCACCUCCAAGAGAUGUAUUGUUAGAUGUUGCUCGAGCAAAAAAUAAUAUACCGUUACCAUUUGUCAAACCGAGUAAUGGCUUGAGGUUACCACCUGAUCGAUACUGCCUAAAUUCAACAAAUUAUAAAUUGAAGACUGCAACAAAGAAAAUAGUUGGAAAACCAUUGCAUUCUUUAGUUGGAAAUAACAUUCAGGGGGGUCAGUCAAAAAUCAAAGUAGAAGGAAACAAAACUGGCCUUUCCAUUGUUAAAAGACCCGGUACACUUGCAACAGUUGCUAGAACUCAAACAAUUUCAAUACCAAAGCCUGUUUUAAAAUUUUCCACAGCCACGACAGGAACAGCUACAGUAAAGGCACAAGUUACAAAACCAAAAAUACAAAUCACUUCUGGACAAACAAUGCCUGCUGUCAAAAUGGAAGUGGAGGACUCAAUGAAACGGAAACGAGAAGACGACGAUUAUGACGUACCAUAAUAAUAAACAAUAAAUACUGAAUAAACUUUCUAUUUUACCUUUACAUUAUACAAGAUCGUAUCAGACAGACUAUCAUUAUGACGAUUUUUAUUUUGUGUCUGACAAUAAUAUUUAAUAAUUUGAACCAUCCCAUAACCGAUGCUAAAAUUUUGAAUGAAAUCUGUAUAUGUUGAUUAGGGAAAUUGAUACAAGUA